AUGAACAUCGCGCUGAAGCAUUCGAAAGCUGUUGAUUUUCCAAAAACUGGAAUCCCACCCGAUCCACUAACAAGGACCUGGACAAAGGACGAAAAUGAGAAGGUUAUUCCGCCAGAAAGGGCAUGCCGAUGGCCGGAUUUUAUGUGCAAAAACCACGAGCCAAGUUAUGUUUCGCCACGUUUGGUUGGCCAGUUAUUCAGGCGCGUGCACUUGCUAGUUGAUGUUUUUAAUCAUGUUGGUGCAGUGGAGGAUGCAUCACCAUUGGAUUUGGAUCCUGAUCUCGAAUAUCCAGGCUGGGAAGACUACCGCAUCGCGGCACAAACUCAGUUUGACUGCUACCACGCUCAUAUUAAAGUUCGCUUUAAAAAGGCUUGCCAUUCUGAAUGA